AUGCCAUUCCCACCAAACCUCCCUCCCAUCCCCACCGACCCCAUCACCGCCUCCAACAGCCACCACCCCCUCUACGAACCCCUCCGCACCCGCUUCUUCAACGCCCGCCUCCCGGCCACCCAGCCCCUCGAAAUCGUCUUCCCACGCACCACGGCCGACGCCGCCGCCUGCAUCCGCGCCGCGCGCGCCCGCAGCCUGCACGUCGGCGUGCGCAGCGGCGGGCACAACUUCGCGGCGCCCGCGCUCGUCGCCGGCGGCCUGCUGCUCGACACGCUGCACCUGAACGCCGACGAGUUCUCCUACGACCGCCGCACGCAGCUCGUCUCGUUCGGCCCCGGCGCGACGGCCGCGCGGCUGGCGCCGUGGAUGCGCGACGACGUCGGCCGCUUCUGGCCGUUUGGACAUAGUCCGUCUGUUGGGGUUGGGGGGUUUCUGUGUGCGGGGGGGCAGGGGUGGUUUAUGCGUGGGUGGGGCGCGACGGGCGCAGAGUGGGUGGAGAGGUUGGAGGUUGUGACGCCGGAUGGGGAGGUGCGUGUUGCGAGUCGGACGGAGAAUGAGGAUUUGUUUUGGGCGGCGAGGGGUGGGGGGUUGGCGUUUUUUGGGGUCGUGACGAGGAUUUGGGGCCGCACGGUGAGGAUGAGGAGGGUUUGGGGCCGGACGUUGGUGUUUGGGCUUAGUGAUGGUGGCACGGCUAAAGAGGAGGAGGAGGGGGAAGAGAGGAGCAGGGGGUUUGAAGAGGUGAUGGAGUGGGCGCUUGAGACGGAUGCGACGGCCUCGCCCAAGUACGGAGUCGAGACGGCCAUAGUGACUUGUUAUACUAACCGUGCGGAAGAAGGUACGCGGGAUGAGGAGACAACAUGGGAAGAACUGUUCAAAGCGCAGGACGAGUUGAAUCCUGGGGCGAACGGAGAGAGGUGGCAGUGUGACAGCAUAUUCAAUAACCCAAAAGCGCCAAGGAGUCAACUUAUUGAAGCCAUAAAACCAGCCUUCUGUGACUUGCCGACUCGAAAGUCAGUUGGGUGCCUUUACAUUUCAGACUAUUACCCGGACGAGGAAGACCAGGCGAUGUGCCUUCCGCAGCAGUAUCACGUCUCGACCAUGACGUGCUGGCAUGAUCCGGCCAAGGAUGAAGAAAUGAAAAAGUGGAUUUACGAUGCGUACAGCCGAGCGCAGCCCGUGUCCGUCGGCCAGUAUGUUGCUGACUUUGAUGAGAACCAUCGCAUCACAAAAGUGAUGACAGACAAUGCUCUAAGGCGGUUUCUGCAAAUCAGGGAGAAAUACGAUCCCCAGGAGAUGUUCAUCGGCUAUCGUGGACUUGCAAAGGUUUUGGAUGAACAUCCAAAGUUGCAAGAUCGGCAAUGA